AUCUUAAACAUUACUUCAAUACCUUUCAUAAUAUAAUAUGACUAUAAUGGCAAACAAGUCACUAAGCAUAUCUAUAGCAACACUUGCUAUAGCAUUUUUCAUCAUGAUCAUGGUUCCAAAAAAUGCAAGUGCACAAAACUGUGGCUGUAAUGGGUUGUGUUGCAGCCAAUAUGGAUAUUGUGGUAGUGGUGAUGAGUAUUGUGGCACAGGGUGUAAAGAGGGUCCAUGUACUGGCCAAAGUUCUCCUAGUCCUACCAAUAAUGUUAAUGUAGCUGACAUUGUUACACAAGACUUUUUCAAUGGUAUAAUUAAUCAGGCUGAUUCUAGUUGUGCAGGAAAGAACUUUUACACAAGAGCUUCUUUUCUUGAUGCACUUAAUUCUUAUGAUCAGUUUGGUAGGUCUGGUUCUGAGGAUGACUCUAAACGCGAGAUUGCUGCCGCUUUUGCUCAUUUCACACAUGAAACUGGACAUUUUUGCUAUAUAGAAGAGAUUGAUGGUGCAUCAAAGGACUACUGCGACGAAACCAACACACAGUACCCGUGUGUCGCUAACAAAGGAUACUUUGGUCGUGGACCGAUUCAAAUCUCAUGGAACUACAACUAUGGACCAGCCGGACAAGACAACGGUUUUGAUGGAUUAAACUCUCCUGAAACAGUGGCCAAUGAUCCUACAGUGUCCUUCAAGACAGGAUUAUGGUUUUGGAUGAAAAAUGUGCACUCUGUUGUCACCCAAGGCUUUGGUGCAACCAUUAGAGCCAUUAAUGGUAUGGAAUGUGGUGGCGGUAACCCAUCCGCAGUUCAGGCUCGUGUUGAUUAUUACACACAAUAUUGUAGUCAAUUUGGUGUGUCUACUGGUGAUAAUCUUACUUGCUAAGCUAGCUAGACAUACAAAACAUACAAACACAUAUACUAUAUAUAAGUAUAUUAUAAGUAUGAAUAAAUGAUAUCAUAGUGUAAUGAUAUCAUAGUGUUGUAAAUUCAAUAAUUCAAUUUCUCCUUUUAUAACA